UCAAGCUGAAAGGCUCCGCCUACUGUUGUCAAAUCAUCACAUCAAAGUGUUCAGUCUAUCCUGCAUGAACAGACAGGUAGUAAGGUUGGCCUCUCGCUGUGUGAAAGCUCAAGUGAACUUUAGGUUACGUUUUGCAAAGUGCUCACAGCUGGCCUGUGGCAUGUGGAAUAUCAGGCAGGUGGAAGAACGCAGUGACUGGAUUUACAAGUGCUCGCUUUUACCUAAUUCCAGCGUUUGUCGUCUUGGAUUUACCACCAUCAGCUUCUGCACUACGAUAAGAGAUCAUAUCCACUUUGUCUGGGUGCUUGUGUAUAUAGAGACUUCUAGUUUUAACUGACACGACAAAGAGGAACCUGUGGUGAAGUCCAAGUUUGACAAGCUGUGGUUUUGCUUGGGUGGAGGAGCCGUUCUGUGGUCGUCUGUCCGGUCCCAAGCGGCCUGAUUCCUCAAGAGGUGAUGGUGGGUGGCAGGGCCGUUACCGUGCGCCCGCACAGGCGCUUGGAGUGAAAGUGUUGCAGUGCAAACAUGGAAUUCUUCAAGAGUCUCGUUCCCACGGUCAUCUCUGGGGACGGCGGGCUGCCGGCAACGGACGCGGUGGGAGUGUGGCCACGGGAGACUGGCCCUCGCUUGCUGAGGAUGAAGAGGCUGGUUUCACAGGCCAAUGAAGAGGAGCAAGAUGGAUCCAGUCUGACUAGCCGGCCGGCUGUCCGUCUUCAACGACAUCGUGCCAAAGCCUCUGUCCCUGUCAGCAACAGCAGUGUGAGUAGGCGAGGAACAUCCCCCUCAGCCCCGGCCAGCUGGGAGAAGCGUAGCAUCCACCCCGCCACCAUGUCCAGCAUCACCAUCGACCCCGAGCUCAAGCCUGGGGAGUUUGUCAUCAAGAGCCUCUUCGCAGAGUUCGCUGUGCUCGCCGAGAAGAAGAUCGAGGUGGUCAUGGCUGAACCACUGGAGAAGCCCCUUUCCCGCUCACUGCAAAGAGGAGAAGAUGCACAAUUUGAUCAGUUAAUAAGCUCUAUGAGCUCCAUAGCAGAACACUGUUUGCCUUCACUGUUGCGGACGUUGUUUGACUGGUACAGAAGACAGAGCGGGACAGAAGACGAGUCGUACGAGUACAGACCUCGCUCCAGCACCAAGUCCAAAGGAGAUGAACAGCACCGAGAUAAAGACUUCCUACUGGAGCGAAGGGACUUAGCCAUAGACUUCAUUUUUUGUUUAGUUUCAGUGGAAGUUUUGAAACAGAUUCCCCUUCAUCCCGUGCCAGACGCCUUAGUACAAGAAGUCCUUAACCUGGCAUUCAAGCACUUUAAACACAAAGAGGGGUACUCAGGCCCCAACACUGGUAAUGUGCACAUCAUCGCUGACCUCUACGCUGAGGUCAUCGGAGUUCUCGCCCAAUCCAAGUUCCAGGCAGUGCGUAAGAAGUUCAUCACAGAGCUGAAGGAACUGAGGCUGAAGGAGCAAAGUCCUCAUGUGGUGCAGAGCAUCAUCAGCCUCAUCAUGGGCAUGAAGUUCUUCAGAGUCAAAAUGUACCCCGUUGAGGACUUUGAGGCUUCUUUCCAGUUCAUGCAGGAAUGUGCUCAGUAUUUCCUGGAGGUGAAGGACAAAGAUAUCAAACAUGCACUGGCUGGCCUGUUUGUUGAGAUCCUCAUCCCUGUAGCUGCUGCGGUGAAGAAUGAAGUGAAUGUGCCCUGCCUGAAGAACUUCGUAGAGAUGCUCUACCAGACAACCUUUGACCUCAGCUCAAGAAAGAAGCACUCACUGGCAUUGUAUCCCUUGGUCACAUGUCUGCUGUGUGUUAGUCAAAAGCAGUUCUUCCUCAAUAACUGGCACAUCUUCCUUCAGAACUGCCUUUCCCACCUGAAGAACAAAGAUCCCAAAAUGUCUCGUGUAGCACUGGAGUCUCUUUACCGGCUGCUCUGGGUUUAUAUCAUCAGGAUCAAGUGUGAGAGCAACACAACCACACAGAGUCGUCUCCUCAGUAUUGUAACAGCACUUUUCCCAAAGGGCUCUCGCAGCGUGGUGCCCAGGGACACACCCCUCAACAUCUUUGUUAAGAUCAUUCAGUUUAUUGCUCAGGAACGGCUGGACUUUGCCAUGAAAGAGAUCAUCUAUGACCUGCUGUGUGUGGGCAAGUCCCACAAGACUUUCACCAUUAAUCCAGAGAGGAUGAAUAUUGGUCUGCGGGCCUUCCUGGUAAUAGCCGACAGCUUACAACAGAAGGACGGCGAGCCGCCCAUGCCCACUACAGGCGUCAUCUUACCCUCAGGCAACACACUGCGGGUCAAAAAGAUCUUCCUCAACACCACCCUCACAGACGAGGAAGCCAAGGUCAUCGGCAUGUCUCUGUAUUACCCUCAGGUUAGGAAGGCCCUAGACAACAUCCUCAGGCAUCUGGAUAAAGAGGUGGGACGAUCCAUGAGCAUGACCAACGUUCAGAUGUCCAACAAAGAGCCAGAGGACAUGAUCACUGGGGAGCGUAAACCGAAGAUUGAUCUGUUCCGGACAUGUGUAGCUGCUAUUCCCAGACUAAUACCAGAUGGCAUGAGCAGACAAGAUCUCAUCGAGCUACUGGCCAAACUGACCAUCCAUAUGGAUGAGGAGCUGCGUGGUCUGGCGUUCACCACUCUGCAGGCUCUGAUGGUGGACUUCCCAGACUGGAGAGAGGAUGUGUUGUCUGGUUUUGUGUAUUUCAUUGUGAGGGAGGUGACUGACGUUCACCCCACACUACUGGACAACGCUGUCAAGAUGCUGCUGCAGCUCAUCAUACAGUGGAGACAGGCGGUACAGAGCAGCAACCGCAGCCAUGAUUCACAGAGCCCAUCUCUCCCUCUGGAGCGAUCUCCUCUCUGGACGGUUCUGCAUGUGGUGGAGGGUCUGGCUCUGGUCGUGCUGUGCAGCUGUCGACCAGCAACACGCAGACUCGCUGUCAAUGUCCUCAAAGAAGUCCGAUCACUGCACACGGCCCUCGGCAUCGCUACGGGAGAUGAGGAGUUGGCUAUAGAAGUGAUGGACAGAUUGAGUGCUUCAGUCCUUGAAAGCUUUAUUCACCUUACUGGGGCCGAUCAGACAAAUCUGCUGUACUGUCCCAGUGGAAUAGACCUUCAGACUCUGGCAGAGUGGAGCUCAUCUCCCAUCAGCCACCAGUUUGAUGUGGUAAGCCCCUCCCACAUCUGGGUGUUUGCCCAUGUGACUCAAGGUCAGGACCCCUGGGUCAUCAGCCUGUCUAGUUACCUGCGGCAAGAACACCUGCCCAAGCACUGCCCCACUGCGCUGAGCUACGCCUGGGUCUUUGCCUCCACACGCCUUCAGCUGCUCUCGCCACAAGUCGACAUCAACAGCCCGAUCAAUGCUAAGAAGGUGAACAGCAUGAGCAGUAGCAGUGACUCAUAUGUGGGCCUUUGGAGGAACUACCUAAUCCUCUGCUGCAGCUCUGCCACCUCUUCCACAUCUUCAUCCUCAUCGGCCUCCGGCUCUGUACGCUGCUCCCCACCUGAGACGCUGGCAUCCACCCCAGACAGCGGAUAUAGUUACGACUCAAAGAUCAUUAGCAUUCCGUCCCCUUCCUCCUUGUUCAAGCAUGUGGUUCCCAUGAUGCGCUCUGAGAGCAUGGACAUCACUGAGUCUCUCGUUCUGGGGCUUGGCCGGACCAACCCUAUUGCCUUCAGAGAGCUGUUGGAGGAAUUAAACCCCAUCAUUAAAGAGGCACUUGAGAGAAGGCCAGAGAACAUGAAGCGACGCCGGCGUCGUGACAUUCUCAGAGUCCAGCUGGUCCGGAUUUUUGAGCUACUGGCCGAUUCUGGAGUCAUCAGUCAGAUUGCAAGUGGUGGUUUGGACGGGGAGUCUCACUCUCUGAACAGCACUCUGCUGGAAUACGUGGAUCUCACCCGACAGCUUCUGGAGGCUGAGAACGACAAAGAUUCAGACACACUGAGAGACAUCCGCUCACACUUCAGUGCCCUAGUGGCCAACAUCAUACAGAAUGUACCAGUACAUCAGAGGAGGAGUAUAUUCCCUCAGCAGUCACUGAGACAUAGUUUGUUCAUGCUCUUCAGUCAUUGGGCUGGACCCUUCAGCAUCAUGUUCACACCACUGGACCGAUACAGCGACCGCAACAUGCAGAUCAACAGACACCAGUACUGUGCACUGAAGGCCAUGUCUGCGGUGCUGUGUUGUGGUCCGGUAGCUGAUAACGUUGGCCUAUCCUCUGAUGGGUAUCUAUAUAAGUGGCUGGACAAUAUUCUAGACUCUCAAGACCGCAAGGUGCAUCAGUUGGGUUGUGAGGCAGUGAUGUUGUUAUUGGAGCUGAAUCCAGACCAGAGCAAUCUGAUGUUCUGGGCGGUGGAUCGCUGCUACACUGGCUCACGCAGAGUCGCUGCAGGCUGCUUCAGAGCCAUCGCCAAUGUCUUUCACAACAGGGAUUACCAGUUUGACACUGUGGUUCUGCUGAAUCUCAUCCUGUUUAAAUCUGCAGACUCUUCCAGAGACAUCUAUGAGGUCGCCAUGCAGCUACUGCAGAUGCUGGAGCCCAAACUGUUCCGUUACGCCCAUAAACUGGAGAUCCAUCGUACUGACGGGGUCUUGACUCCAGCCUCUCCCCUCCCUCACCUGUACUCAGUGUCCUACUACCAGCUCAGUGAAGAACUGGCACGGACCUACCCUGAACUCACCCUUCCUAUCUUUUCAGAGGUGAGUCAGAGAAUCCAGACAGCGCACCCUGGUGGCCGGCAGGUGAUGCUGCAUUACCUCCUACCUUGGAUGAACAAUGUGGAGCUGGUGGACUUCAAGCCUUCAGCUCAACGUCAAGAGGAACCUUCGUCGACGGAGGAAGAGGAAGAUGCCCAUGAGAGAGAAAUGAUGAUGGUGAACAGCCGUCGCUGGCUGAGAGGAGAGGGCUGGGGUUCACCACAUGCCACUACCAUGAUCCUCAACAACCUCAUGUUCAUAACUGCAAAGUAUGGUGAUGAAUUUGCAUGGUCAGAGAUUGAGAACGUCUGGACCACUUUAGCUGACAGCUGGCCAAAAAAUCUAAAGAUCAUCCUGCACUUCCUUAUCAGCAUGUCUGGAGUCAACAGUGAACCAAGUCUCCUGCCUUAUGUCAAGCGUGUGGUGGUAUAUCUGGGCAGGGAUAAGACGAUGCAGCUGCUGGAGGAGUUAAUGUAUGAGCUGGAGCAAACAGACCCUGUAUCCUCGGCUGUCACUCAUAUGGAUAACCCACCUUACUACCGCAUUACUUCUUCUUACAAGAUCCCUUCUGUUACAUCAGGAACAACGUCCAGUAGUAACACCAUGGUACCUGGACAUGAUGGACACCAUGAGAGCAAAAUCAAAGAUUCCAACAUGGAGGACAGUUACACACAUUUGGACAUCUACACUGGUCUGAACAGUAAUCUGAACAGACAGCACCAUCGACUGGAGUCCCGUUACAGCAGCAGCUCAGGAGGAUCCUAUGAGGAGGAGAAGAGUGACUCUAUGCCUGUCUAUGCUAACUGGCGUCUAAAGGUGAUGGACCAUAACCGGCCAGAGCCCCUCCCAUUUCCUCCCACUGGUGGCUGCUGGUCACCACUGGUCGAUUACCUGCCUGAGACCACCACGCCUGGAGUCUCCCUGCACAGAUGUAACAUUGCUGUGAUCUUGCUGACCGACCUCAUUGUAGACCACGGGGUCAAAGUGGAAUGGAGCUCAUACAUUCACCUGCUACUUCAUGCCAUCUUUAUAGGUUUUGACCAUCAGCACCCUGAGGUCUAUGAGCACUGUAAGCGUUUACUGCUCCACCUGCUGGUCGUCCAGGGCACCAACAGCAGCAUCCAGUCACUAGCAUCUGUACUUCUCCGCAACCGUGAGCUGAACGAGCCCAGAGUUCUGACAGUCAAGCCCACUCUUCAGGAGUUCAACCUCACAGGUGUUAUAGAGCUGAUGCCAGACUACCAGUCGUCUCCAAUGACAGAUUCUGGCCUGAGCUCCAGCUCCACAUCCUCUAGCAUCAGUCUGGGCAGCUCAGCACUGCCUCACCUCCCCCCUACUCUCCUUAAUGAAGUGGACCUGUCUGCAGAGCAGGAUGAGAAGGUCAAAAACCUUAUUGAGUUCAUCAGCUCAAGGAAGCGUGGUCCACUGUGGAACCAUGAAGACGUCUCUCCCAAAAACCCCAACAUCAAGAGUGCCGAUCAGCUUAGUGUAUUCCUCCGUCAUGUUGUCAACGUCUUCAAACAGACACCGUCCGGUAAGACACAACAUGUGCCAAUUUCACUGCACGGUGGAUGUUCAUGUUGGCCCAGUCGGACAUGUGACAUUUCUUUCACCUGGACCAAAACUCCCCCACACUGUUCUCAGGCCCUGCUAAGUGUUGAUCUCUAAACAGUCAUAAUCAAACGUUUCAUCUGUCUCUUGCAGGGUUUUGUUAUCGAGUUGCUCUUGACACUAGAGGCUGGUAUAGACACUCUGGCUGAAACGAUGAAGAGCUACGACCUGCUCACUGCACUCUCACAGGCCUCCCAUGAUCCUCUGCAGGGCACCAAGUUUGCCAAUAACAGGAAAAGUACCGGUCAACUGAACCUUGGCAGUGGAAGUUUCUUGCAUGUCCAUUACAGCCACGCUCGCAGCAACUCCCUCCGUGCCAGUCUGAUGGGUGAACGCUUAGGAGACCGUCACCGCAACAACACCCUUGAUGUAGCCGACCGGUUGGGUGGCAGCCACGGAAAUCUAGCCCGCACGCGGAGCUUAUCAUCAUUACGAGAGGAUGGUGUCCGUGGCGAUGGAGGAGGAUCUGGUGAGGUGGUGCCACCAACUGACCCUACCAACCUGCUGGCGACGGUCUUCUGGAUUGCAACGUCGCUACUGGAGUCCGAUUAUGAGUUUGAGUACUUGCUGGCACUCAGGCUGCUGAACCGACUGCUGGCCCAGAUGCCCCUGGAGAAGGCGGACAGCAGGGAAAAGCUGGAGAGGGUGCAGGCCAAACUGAAGUGGUACAACUUCCCCGGCCUCCUGACGCUCUUCCUGAAGGGUUUUACUUCAGCUGCAACGCAGGAGCUCACGAUUCACCUCCUCAGUAAACUCAUCACUGUGUCCCGACACACACUCAUAGACCCCUCACAGCUAGCAGGUUUUCCUCUGAAUGUCCUGUGCCUGCUGCCGCACCUGGUCCAGCACUUUGACAACCCCACAGGGUUCUGUAAGGAGACUGCUGAUCGGAUCGCCAAAGUGUGCGCUGAAGAAAAGUCAGCCACACUGGCCAACCUGGCACACAUGAUGAGCCUGUACUCAACGCACAGUUACUCACGAGACAGCACCAACUGGAUCAAUGUGGUGUGUCGCUACUUGCACGACUCCUUCUCUGAACUCACCUUUAACCUGGUCACAUACCUAGCUGAGUUAUUGGAGAAGGGCUUGAACAGCAUGCAGCAGUGUUUACUACAGAUCAUCUACAGUCUACUGAGUUACAUUGACCUGUCUGCUGCUCCUGUCAAACAGUUCAACUUGGAAAUCAUGAAGAUCAUUGGCAAAUAUGUACAGAGCCCAUACUGGAAGGAGGCCCAGAACAUUCUGAAGUUGGUGGUGUCCCGCUCUGCGAGUCUGGUGGUUCCUGAUGAGGUGCAGCGCUCCUACAGCAUGGAGUCGACCAGCUCCCCGGAAAUUGCUUUCACUCGCAUAUUCAACAACUCAUCUAAAGAACUGCCAGGAAAAACAUUGGACUUCCACUUUGACAUCUCAGAGACACCUAUUAUAGGUCAUAAGUAUGGAGACCAGCGAAGUGCAGCAGGGCGUAAUGGAAAACCACAGGUAAUUGCUGUGACGAGAAGCACCUCCUCUACUUCCUCUGGCUCCAAUUCAAAUGGGCUGGUGCCAGUCAGCUGGAAGAGGCCACAGCUCUCGCAGAGAAGAACCCGGGAGAAACUGAUGAAUGUCCUAUCUUUGUGUGGCCCAGAGUCCGGCCUGCCUAAAAACCCCUCUGUGGUGUUCUCUUCAAAUGAGGAUUUGGAUGCAGGCGAUCAACAGACCAGUCUGAUCCCCACUGUAGAGGAAGUGACACAGGAGGAGGAAGUGCAAGCAGAAGAUGCAGGAAGUGAACAGCAGUUUGGUGUCUUCAAGGACUUUGACUUCCUGGAUGUUGAGUUGGAGGAUGGAGAGGGGGAGAGCAUGGACAACUUCAACUGGGGUGUGAGGCGUCGCUCACUGGACAGCAUUGACAAAGGUGACACCCCGUCUCUGCAGGACUGCCAGUAUUCCGGCAGCACACCCAGUCUCAUCCAGCCGGAGGACACUGAUGAGUCAUCUGAGGAGGAGGUACUGAGCGCUAGCCAGAUUCUCACCCGCUCCAACCUCCUUAAUAGUGAUUCAGCGACUGAUGACGCCAUAUCCAAUCAUAUGGACUCCCUCCAGCAGUCGCAAGAAUCCUCCAGUAGUGUCCUGACCGAAGAGGCCAUGCCUACCCCACCGCUGCCCCGCCCAGACAGCCCCACCCAUGAGACCGCCCACUCUGACAGCAAUAGCAGCCAGCUGCCUGAGGAUGCGAGUGUAACUGCAGCUGAUGAAUUAAGCAGCAGUGUCAGUGAGGAUACGGGGUUUGGCAGUGCCCCUCCUUUACCCUCAGACCCCCCUGAGCUCUGUGACUUACCUGACUCCCAGGACCCUACCGACGACCUGGACCCAGCGCCCCCUCCGCCACCAGCUGUGGACAGCCCGCCUGGAUCCCUCUUUGAUGACGAGCCGGUGCUGCCACCACCUGUCAUAGACUCCACCUUGGACUCCAUGUACGAGAAGGAGACGGUUCUGCCCCUGGCUCUGGACUCGGCCCCCGAUUCAGUAUGUGAGGAGGAUGUGACACUGGCUCUGAAAGAGCUAGAUGAUAGAUGUGAGGAAGAAGAGGCGGAUUUUUUCGGCAUGUCCAGUCAAGAUGAGGGUGAUGCAGACGGCUUUCCUGAACUCCAGGCCUCACCACCUCCGUCGCCCUUUCUUUCGGCUAUUUUGGCAGCAUUCCAGCCCGUAGUCUAUGACGACGAGGAGGACGCCUGGCGUUGCCAUGUCAACCAGAUGUUGUCGGACUCAGAUGGGUCUUGUGCUGUUUACACCUUCCAUGUGUUCUCACAACUCUUUCAGCACAUUCAGAGGAAAUUUGACUCAAUUACCCAUGCCUCAGUACGAUUCCUUGGUGAGGGGCUGCAACGAAUGGGAAACCAGUUCCUAAGCUCUCUAGAGGUCAUGACCUCCUGCUCUCAGUGUCCUACAGUCCUGCUGGAUGCUGAAACUCUGGUCUCCUGUGGGCUCUUGGAGACUCUGAAGUUCAGUGUGUUGGAGUUACAAGAGCAUCUGGACACUUACAACAGCAAGAGAGAAGCAGCCGAACAGUGGUUGGAUAACUGCAGAAAGACCUUUGGUGAUAAAGACAGUAACCAGCGACCCAACACUCAAGCUCAGCCAAUGGAAAUGCUAGCAGAGCUGGAGUUGUGUCGACGGCUGUAUAAGCUGCAUUUCCAGCUCCUGCUGCUCUUUCAGGCCUACUGCAAACUCAUCAGCAGAGUGGACACCAUCAAGAGAGAGGCAGAGGUGACUAACAUGUCAGAGGAGCUGGCCAUAUUAGAGGGCUGUCUGAAGGAGGCAGAGUCAGUAGGUGAUGGACAGGAGGGACUGGGCGAGAUUGAAGUGGACCAGUCAAGCACAGAGACGGCUAUCCACUCACUCAUCGAGAGCCUCAGAGCACGGGACUUCAGCACAGCCAUUGCUCAAGUUAAAGCCUUCAGGUGCCUGUGGCCUAAUGAUAUAUUUGGCAGUGAGAGGGAUGAUGCAGUACAGACGCUGCUGCACAUUUACUUCAGGCACCAGACUCUGGGUCAGAUGGGCUGUUUGGCUGUGGUGGGCCCCAGCAGGGAUCUUUCUCAGGCCAGCUCACGCCUCAUGGAGCUCAACCUUCAGAUCCGCAAAGCUCUCUGCCAGGCUCAGACGCACCCUCACACCCACCAGACGCACAUCCUGUCCCUGACCCCCACGGCCCACAUCCAGACGCAAAUCGACACGCAAAACACAGUCCUCAGCACUGGACUGUGAGAGUUUCACGAACUCCACUCUCUUCCUCCGGGGCGGCGAGUUUGGAGAUUUUCACGUAGACUUCACCUCAAAGGGCUAAAGAAUGUGUGGCUAUUAGUUACUCGAAACUAUUACGCAAGUACCAUGUUUUUCCUUCCCCCUUUCUCCAAUAGUUUAACUUCUCCAGAUGUCAGAAAAAGUACGAAGAACAGGACUGGUCAAGAACCAUUAGGAGGGACACUGGGCGAUAAUGAUGCUAAAUUUGAAGCUUUUUGGCGGAAUGACCUAUGACCUCUAGGCGGUGUCUUUUUAGAGUGAUCCACAUCCUUCUGCCCCACUAUGCACUGGUGCAGAGAUGGGAUUUGGAGCGUUAUUGUGAGAAUCAGAGUAUCACGAUGGAUCAGCGAGACUGUCGCAUCGCUGAUCGCAAAAAGCAUGCUUGAAAGAGAAGCCUGCAACAAAUAUUUUUUUGAGAAAUUUAUUUUUUAACAGUCUUAGGUUGUAAAUGUUAGGAUAUUUAACAUGUAAGCUGGGGGGCUGUACCCUCCGUAUAAAGAGGUUUAUCUGUUUAACUUUAUUGACCUGGAUCGGGGAGAACUUUCAGCUUUCACUGGGCCGUUCUUACAAAUCCCUUAAUCUAUAACCAAAUAAGUAGCUGCCUGUAGGAAACCAUAGACUCUUGUGUGCGCGCGUGCGUGUGAGGACGAGUGCGAGCGUGUGCUUGCGAGUGCGUUUGUUAUGGACUGAUAUUUGCACACCCGUUCUCUCUCAUACAUGCACGUUAACAAACCGAAAUGCACAAGUGAAGUGCAAACUGGCUGCAACUCAUGGAAAUAUCAAUAACUUAUUUUACUCUGUAUAUAUUUUAGAAAAUGUAUAGUGUAAAAGCAGUAUUUUUCCUUGUACAUUUGUGUAAUGCACUGUUCAAUCAGAGAGAGCUCAGUAGAGGGUAAUGACUAAUGCAAAAAAAUAGCGAGUUGAAUAGCUUUUGGGAUGCAAGUAAGUCACAGGCUGCCCUCCCCUUUAUAAUACGGCACCUUAAUCUUCAAUAUUUCCCGACGAACGAGCUCAGCUUCUCAGCCGAGUUUUGCCAUAUGCAUUCCUUGAUACCCACUGUGAUCUCCAUGUUUGCUCAAAGUCCCUCUGUUAGGCCCCGCUGGAGCCCCUGCUGAGGGGAAACUGGGGCUAGUGUUUGUCCAUGUUGGCUCUGUCUUAACCCUAGACUCAGGGCUGCACUGAGGGUUUGUGGGCUCUGCGACGUAAGGCACUGUGCUUUGCUUGCCGAACUCCAAGAGACAAUACGCUGUCCUGAAAGCAUUAACCGCAAACAUUGGGGGGGGCGUUUAAUCUGUCGUGGCACAUUGAGAAAUAAAACAUUCACUGUAUUCAUUCCUCUGGGAGAUCUCGUCUGUUGCUUGUUUGGUACAUUUUGAAUGCUGUUCUUAAUUAUUUAAUGGAUAUAUUAUUUACAUGGAAUAAUAUAGUUUUUAUCUAGAGGUGCGUUAUCCUUUUUUUUUUUCUUUUUUCUUCCCCAGCUCACAUUUCUCUCUGGUUUGUCUUUGUCAUCUGAUUUAUCUGCUUUUCUCUGUACUGUUAAAUAAAAACCUGAUUAUAAGCAA